UGCUCUACUGGAGAUAAUUCUGGUAGGUUUUGGAGGUUUAGAGGGAUUUUACUAGUAGAUUUGGAGGGGUGAUGGGGAUUAAGAGGGAUUAACAGAUGGCUGAGGCAUUGAGAGAUUUGAGAAAAGUCUAGGAUUAUGUUUAAGAAGAUUAGUAUGAGGCAUUGUGGAAAUUCUCACGAUAACCAUCCAAUCGCUCGAAACUAAUAAGUUUAUUUCGUUUUCGUUUUGCUGAUUUGUAUAUCAAAAUUUUAUUUUCAAUCUCAAUCAUCUUUGUAGGGAAUUAAUACUAGAGACCGGACCGAGACGUGAUCUCUAUGCAAAUCUCGGUAAUUGAAAUCAAGAAUAUUUCGAGAUCUCUAUUCUCGUACGAAAAAUUUUCGUGUUAUCGAGAUUUUUCGUAAUCUCGAUUAUCGUCGACACUUCCAGUCCGGUCUCUAGUUAAUGCCAUUAAUACAUAUUUUUAAAUUAUCAAAAAUUCAAGUCGCUGCCAAUUGCACAUCAAUUAAAGAUUUUAAAUGUCCUUUGUCUGAGGAUUGUGUUCCCCUGUCCAAAAGAUGUGAUGGAAAUUAUGAUUGUGUAUUAGAGGAGGAUGAACAAAACUGUCCAAUGUGUAAAGCUAUUCAAUUUCCUUGUGUUGUAUCAGAGCAAUGCAUUCCUAUAGGGCAACGAUGUAAUGGAAUUAAAGAUUGUGCGGAUGGAACAGAUGAAUUGGAUUGUGAAAAUUGUGGAUCAGGCAAAUUCUUUUGCCGAAAGUCUGGAAAAUGUAUACAAGCUAAAGAAAGGUGUGAUGGUUAUGCUCAAUGUCCAAAUGGAGAAGAUGAACAAUUAUGCAAAAAAUCACGUAAUUCAUUAUCACAAAAUAAUAUGUUUUUGUGUGAAAGUGGUACUCAACAAAUAAAUCAAAAACAAGUUUGUGAUGGAAUUGUAAAUUGUAAAUAUGAUGCUUCUGAUGAAAAAUAUUGUCAGAGAUCUACAGGAUUUGAAAAAACAAAAAAUGAAAUCGAAUUUGAGACAAAGUGGGAUUUUUUAAAAAAAUUUUUGAAUUAA